AUGCGCUUCAUUAGUCUUGUUUCCAGCGAAGAGCAAGAUAGGAAACGCUCUGGAUUUGCGUUGCCAGUCUCCCUAUUGUCUUCAAAGGCCGGGCUGCCUGUGUGGAUGGCGGACCUAAGAAACGAUAUUGCCCAUGGCACAAUUCCUUCUUUUGAAUUCUUACUUGAGGCCCAUUCGUGGGCUUUAGCUUGGCUUAUAAGCUUUUGGAACUCUAAUCUUAUAUGUGAGUCUAGUCAUCUAGAGGGUGUGCGUUCAACUAUCUCCGACACCAAUCGCAUACUUCAAAGUUACUUUGGAUCUCAAGAUCUUCCACCCUCUCUCUCUACUGAAGAUAUGGAGGGAGCUGUCUCUGACCCCUCAGUUUCUACGUAUUUCAUCAAGCUUCUGAUUACCAGAUACGCUGUUAGCUAUGUCGAGGAGUCUGUUUCCACCAAUGGAACAUUUUCUUUCAAUCACGCGUCCCUUCGCACUUGGGGACCUAUUCUGCGUUUUCUCCGAAAUGUUGAAUUAACGUCCGAGUUAGUGCUAUAUUCUAUCCUGGCAAUGACUGCCGAGUCAUACAUGCACCUCUGGUCCCAUGAGUGGUUGUUGGCCUUCAAAUGUUAUGUAUCCGGAUCCGGACAUCCUCUGGUUAAAUAUCUAUCUAAGUCAACGAUUGAGAGCUUUGACUUUCGUAGGGCUCUUCGCCAUCUGAUCGAUGUCUUAACUGAGAAGACUUUUCCCUCUCUCUUGGCUCUUUUAGACGUCUUUCAUCCGACUCUCAGUUUGGAUAGGAGAGAUCGAAUAGUUAGUGCUUGUAACACUUGUCUCCUGAUUGAUGAUCCCGAUAAGGAUAACCAUCCACCCAUAGACGCAGCAUCCGAACUAUCUUGGCCCUUGGAUGACACUAAAGUUUGGGCCGAUAUUCCUCUGGGUCAUGCAUUUGGGGUAUGA